AAAACAAAAGAACUCCAAACGUUGUUUUGGAAACUACAGUUUGAUAUCUGUUCUCAAGAAUUCUUUCCGUCGGGAAGCUACAAACACUGACGAUCUGAACACAAACCAAACCCAGACCCAACCAAACAAUGGAAAACCCAUUUGGACAUCACCACCACCACCACCACCACCAAGAAGAAGAUAACGAACGAGAAAGACCAAACUACCCUCCACCGGGAACCACUUUUCCCGCCUUCGACCAACCUCCGCCGCCGCCGCCGUAUGUCGGAUUCGACGAGCCGCCGAUUCCACCGCCGGCCCACGUUCUCCAUUCCUCCUCUUACCCACCACCACCUCCGGAGUUUUUCGAACGACAACCACCACCGUUUGAUUCUUUAGGUAAUCGUCAUCAAUCGGGAUAUGGUUCUGUCACGGUCGAACACGUUGAUCAUCAUCGCUUAGAUCAACCACCAUCGUCCGAUUAUUUCGAGAAUCGUCAUCAGUCGGGAUAUGGUUCCGUCGCAGUUGAACACGUUGCUCAUGAUCGCUUGGACCAACCACCACCGUCAGAUUCCUUUGGUCAUCAUCAUCCGUCGGGAUAUGGCUCUGUCACAGUUGAACACGUUGAUCAUCAUCGCCUGGACCAACCACCGAUCGAAGAAUUCGGUGGGACCCAGCAUCAUCACCACCACAUUCCUCAUUUCCCCUCUUUUGGUCAUCACCAUGAGCAGCAUCUGGAAGCUUCCUCUUAUUUCUCUGGAAAAAAGACUUUUCAGGUUUACUCCAAGGCCGGGCCCAAUUUCUCUCUCGCAAUCCGAGAUGGGAAAGUCAUUCUCUCCCGGUCUGAUUACAAGGAUGAUUUGCAGCACUGGUACAAGGAUGAAAAGUACAGCACAAGGGUGAAGGAUGAAGAUGGGUUUCCUUGUUUUGCACUUGUUAAUAAGGCCACUGGUCAGGCUCUGAAGCAUUCCGUUGGGGAUACUCAUCCGGUGCAGCUGACACCAUACAAUCCAAAUGUCCUCGAUGAAUCAAUCCUUUGGACAGAAAGCAAGGACCUCGGCGAUGGCUACAGAACUAUUAGGAUGGUCAACAACACUCACCUUCUCGUGGAUGCUUUUCAUGGUGAUAAGCAUUCGGGUGGUGUACAUGACGGCACGCUCAUAAUGCUGUGGAAGUGGAACAAAGGAGAUAACCAGCGGUGGAAAAUCAUCCCUUACUGAAUUUUUGUAUAUUUUGGUGGUUUUGUGAGGUCCUUGAUUGUGUAAUAUGGCAUGUUUAUGAAAUUAUCCAUCUGUGAGGAAUGCUGCUUUAUAUGUACUAUGUGACUUGUGAGUGAUGUGUGGUUUGGGUUUCAUGUUUUGUAGCUGGUCUCUACAUUGGUUAUAAACUAAUGAGAAAAAUCUGUAAUGGGAUUGUAAUGCUACUAUCGGUUUGUAUAACAUAUGAUGUACUCGUGUGUAAUACAUUUCCAACUAUUGCAAUAGUCAUGUAGUAGUGAUUGUGUUUAUUAUA